UUAAAAUAAAAACGCAUUGCGAUCUAUACAUCAAAUGUGUGUGGGUGCGUAUAAACUGUAGUUUUUGUAAUAGUCAUCUUAUGUACCAAUUAAUACAAAAGAUAAUUAGCUUAAAAUGUAGAGUUGCGAUUUGAAAGCAGCUAAGUGUCGUGCGAAAAUGGACCUAGAAAUAUGCAGUUAUUAUUUUAUUUUAUUGAAAUGCCACAAAUCUAAAUUUAACUUAAUUUUAACAUAACAUGUGGUUAGAAUCGUUUAAUAUAUAUAUUUAUGCUUUAAAACAAUUUUAAUGAUCUUAAAUUUACUAAUUUCAAUAAAUUAUUUAUAAAAAACACAAAUGAUGUACAUAUAUAAAGGCUGUAAUCUUAUACAUAUUUUUUGUGUGUAAACCAAUAGCAGGAAACACCAAACAUACAGUCGCACCUGUGAAUCCAUUUAUUGAAAUGUAUUGAAUCACAUCAGCGAGUUGAUUUCAUGUAAUUUUUCUACAUGCAUAUUUUAUAUUUAAUUUUUCAACUAAAUAUUUAUUUUCUGCUUAAAACAACAACAUAUACCAUUCUAACAUGUUUUGCUUAGAUCUAUUCUCUAAGAAAUAUUCACACCUUAGGCUUAAUGUAACAGCUAAAUUUCGCAAUGUAUAAAUGAAAGUAAUAUAUUUUAGAUUUUUAAUUUAUUCAUAAUAAUUCAUAAAUGAAAUUUAAUAUACUAUAUGGGUUUAUCUUACAUACAUAAGCAUUUACUAUAUACAUAUGCAAGUUUUUUUUUUUUUUAUUGGUAUCAAGAUUUACUGUUGAUGCAAUUGAUCCCUCUUAACAUUUUGGAAUUAAAUUCUAUACAUUAUCCUCCUUGAUAUUAAUAUUUUUAUAGGAAUGAAAACAUGGGAGGAAAACUUUGCGUAAAUGCUGCAUUUCAGGUAUGUCAUCAAAAUAACUCCCACACUGGCCAAUAUAUGUUCGAAUUUUAAUAACAUAUCUCGCAGAAAGGCCGACAUUUUAUUAUUGUAGCUUUAGUCGUUAAGGUUAUACGUACGUUAAACAUCAGAAGGUGGGUCCACGCCCCUUUUUCAGCUCCCAGAAAACGCUCUAAUUAAGGUAUCGCAAUUUUUACUCAAGUUAUCGGAAUUCAACUUAUCUCACAUCCGAACAUCUAAAUUUCUCGAGCACCUCCCACAUUAUAUAUUAUACUCACAUCGUGUGGUGCAGUCCGUACUUCCCCAUUCCGAUUGUUGUACGUUUGCAUCACAUCCCAGGAUCAGGGGCAGAUUGAGCCGCCUGCAGUAGUUCACCAGGCUGUCCACAGCAUAUGAGCAAGCGUUGGAUGCAUUUCCCGGAAUAUAUGCUGGAGCCAGACAAAGUCCCCUUCUUCAUUGUCCUUGGCUUGCACAGCAACUAGGUGGUGAGGAACUGGUUCUCAUCCUCCCCGUUUUUCGCGCUGCCAUCCAGCAGGUCCUUUAUUCCCUCCAAAAGCUCCUGCGUAGAGGGUAUCAACCCUUCUUGUAGGCCUGUCUUCACGCCAGGGACUUCCACGAUCUAAACAGUCGUAGCCUGUUUUGAUGUGCUUGAGCCGGAGUAAGAGGCAUGCUCAUCAGCAUUUUUUCUGCUCCUCGGCUCUCAGUGGUUAUCUUAGUUUAGACGGAAUGACUCAUCGUCUAUACAAAGGUUAAACCUCUAUCCGUAGUCCUGUUGUUGUUGUUGUUUAUACGGCUUGCUAAUCCCCGUUAGGAUGGUAAGGAUCGUUUGCGUUGUCGUCGAGGUCAUCUAACGGUAGGCUCAAGAAACGAGCUGUUUCGACGGGGUCGGACCAAAGGGAGGAGGGUGUUAGAUGAGUGGAGUUUGUAGGGCAUGCAAAGAGGUGGCCAGUGUCAUGCGGAGACUCGUUGCAUGCAGGACAUACGUUAGGUAUGUCGGGGUCGUUUCUGGAUAGGUAGGAGUUUAACCUGCUACCGUAUCCAGAACGAAGUUGCGCUAGGGUCACUCGCGUUUCUCGCGGCUAUUCGUACUCCUCGACCUUUCUGCUUAAGGCUGAUACCGCUCAUUCCCUUCCUGCGAGGAUCUUCGUAUUGACGGCUGAUGGUAUACGGGGCAAUUGGCCCCCUUUUCCCAUUCUUCUUCUUUUUGCGAGCAUUUUCGGUAAUCUCCCGAUAGGACUCGUCCGAUUCGGAGCUGCUCGUCUGCUGGGGCAGCUUUGGUGGUGCUCGAUUCAGUCGUAGUGGUCGCAGUCGAUUUCGCCUGCUGUAGAACUGUGUCUGUUGAAUAAUCCGCAUAGUUAAAAAACUUCGUAACUAGUAACUUUCUGGGAACUACGAAUUUCGAUGUCUAGUUAAUUCAGGAUAUUUAUUGUUGAUACUGUUUUGUUCUCGUAUCGGUGUUCGUCGCAGUAUCAUUAUUCCUACGAGCGCAAAAAGAAAUUGAUUUAGAGCGUUGGCAAUCCUAUGAUGGAUAACUACUGUCACCAAACUACAAAACUACCUGUCAAAAGCAUAUGGAAUAACGUGAGAAGCUAAUAAUGAAAUAAAUAUCAAAACUCGUAAAUAGUUCAAUAAAAAUUUGAUUAAGAAGAAAAUAAAAGAAAAGAAAACGGAGAUUGCUUGGUAUACAAUCUAAUGAUUAUGUCCCGCAAAUUACUUAAAAAUUCUGGGACAUGUUUGCUGCAUGGUAGAAAAUCAAUCACAAAAUUUCCUUUGGACUUCAACGCAAAAUAAAUCUGUAAAUAUUAAUAGUGAAAAUAAAGAAUGGUUAUUCUUGUGAAAGAUAUUAAACGAGUGUAAACUACAGGAUUAUAAAAUUAAUCGCGGAAGUGCGGCAUAGAAUCCAAUGUUUAAAAAUCACACAAAAGUUGGAAUCUCAGCAAAAGGCGCUACCGCAGCAGCGACCUUCAAUCAGCGUGAACCACUAAUUUUCCUCAUCAUAAUGCGUUUAAACUUAAAGAGUUUCCUAUUCGCACUCAUCGCAUUUGUAGUACUUACCGGCAUAGUAUUAUAUUAUUUUUUCCCGGAUUUCUUAUUCCCUCAUAAUUUGGUACACAGUUGGGAUCGCCGACUAAGUAUUCGCGACGGUUAUGAUUCAAACAUAAUAGGCGAUGGGUUGAACUCUAUUUCUGCCCCUCUUCAGAACAUUGAAUGCUGGAUUAAUCAAGAGUAUUCGAUACCGUGCAAGCAGAGCACAGAAAACCAUGAAGUAUACGUGCCAUUUUCAUUUUUACGGAACUAUUUUGACAUAAAUGGUGCAAUGGUAUCAACCACAAGCAGCAGUCUAAAUGAUAAUAGCAACAACAGAGGUGAUAGUGUGGUACCCCGAUUUGCAUGGUCACACAGUAACGCAAAAGUAAAUGUGCCCAAAGGGAAGUACGAUACCCGUGGACGCUUCGCCUACUUUGAAAACUACAAUGUGGAGGUACGAGAUCGUGUAAAAUGCAUAAGUGCAGCCGAAGGUGUGCCAAUAAGUACGCAGUGGGAGAAAAGUGGAUACUUUUAUCCUACCCAAAUUGCACAGUUCGCCUUGGCCCAUUAUAGUAAACAUUUAGCUGAACCACCACCAAAAAUUAAGGUGCUCGAAGAUGCUGAUACUUAUAAGGGAGUUUGGCAUACACCAAAAUCCAGCAAUAUUUCACGCAUUUGGCAUCCAAAAUUUAACACAUCUGUAAUCCAAUACGAAACAGCAAUUGGCUAUGACAGCGCAGUGAACAUGAAUGUUAAUGAAACAUUUGAACUAGUAUUAAGCGUUGAUCUGUUAUUGGUCACUAAUAGUAGUAGUCUUAUGGUUACUCUGCAAUCUCGUGAAACUAAACAAAAUUACACAUUGCACUACAUACCCGCCGAUUUGCGACUAAGUACUCAGGAGCAUAACAUAUACUAUGGCAUGGGUACUAGUGCUAUAAAUAGAUGGCGCCAUAUAACGCGAGACCUCUCAAUCGACGUACAGAAAGGUUUAAUAAACGGCAUUGAAAAGAAACUACAAUCUAAGAUACGCCGCAAUGAAUUGCGUGUAACGUCGCUUGCGUUUCUCGGUGUUGGUUUCUUCGACAACAUUACGCUUUCAACAUACGAUCAUAUGGCACAUUUUUACGAUGCUGCAGAAUGGUUUAUACAUAAUCAGGACUUAAAAAGCGGUGGUUGGCCUAAUCCGGUAAAACGUAGCUUAAACGGUUUUCCCGAACUUCGAGCUGGCUGGCUUUCAGCUAUGGGCCAAGGGCAUGCGAUUUCUGUGUUAGCCAGAGCAUACUAUCAUUCCGGUGGUGAUAAGAGGUAUUUGAAAUCAGCGGCACUAGGGCUCAAACCUUUCAGAGUUUACUCAAAUGAUGGCGGAGUACUAGCGCAGUUUAUGGACAAGUAUUAUUGGUACGAGGAAUAUCCAACAACCCCUCCUUCAUUUGUACUAAAUGGUUUCAUUUAUUCCCUAUUGGGAUUAUAUGAUCUAAAUAUGACAGCACCUUCAAGCAUUGGGCGUGAAGCUGGUCAGCUUUUCAAUCAAGGGAUGUUGUCAUUAAAGAAAAUGUUACUGCUUUACGAUACGGGCUCUGGCACCAGUUAUGAUUUGCGGCAUUUAAGUUUAGGAACCGCACCAAACUUGGCCCGAGACGAUUAUCAUGCAACGCAUGUAAGUCAAUUACUGUUAUUGUCUACAAUCGACAGUGAUCCCAUUUUAAUGGAAACGGCAGAGCGAUGGAAAGGUUACAUGUUUGGCAAACGCGCCAAACACAACUGAUGGCGUAACAGACGUAUGCGGCACAAAAAAUCGUUUAAUCCAGUGCGAAACUGAAACUCCGAGUGAUAUUAAAUUUAAUCGAAAUUAAGUUUUCUUUUAUUUACUUAAUUUUAUUAACAAAUUAUGCAUAGGCUUUACUUUUAUUAUUUGUAAUUUUUAAAUCGCUUUUCAAAAAUUAUAAUAAUUUUAGUUGCAAAUAUCAAUGUUAAAAAUAUGUCAUGCAAAUUAUAGUAUUUAUUUAUAUAUAGUGUAAAAUUUCUCAGCCAAAUUAUACAAUAUGAAAUGACUUUUGGUACAAUUUAUAAAGUUUACGUUUUACAAGCUAAUUUCUCUUAUUUUUUCAUAUAAAACAUAUAAUAUUUACAUUUAUUA